AUGGACGAUCAGUGGGACGUAGUAGUAUCUUCACUUCAAGAACUACUAAAAAAACAUGAAACAACAAGUUUCGAUGAUCUAGUCAACGAGAAAAGACUCAAUUUCCACAAUUUGUCUUCAGAACAAUUACUAACACAGUUGGAAUCUUUUACCACGCACUCGCAGAACUUAGAGAAGGCAAUUGAGCUCAUUGAGACAAUAUCAAACAACCUUAAUUUGGUUAUCAAAUAUGUGCAAGAAAACACUGAGAGCGCCGAAGCGGCAGAAACGAAGACACCAAGUUCAAGUGAGUCGUACAGCGGUAGAUCGUACUGGACCAGCCCUUAUAAUCCAAGUGAACCAAUUGUCUUGGAAUCUGAGGUAGCAUACAGGCCGAAAAAGGGCGGCGACGGAGAGUGGUUUCAAUGCCAGGUCAUCAAAAUUUCAAGCGACGGAACGCGUUUUGAAGUGCGAGAUCCUGAGCCUGACGAGCUCGGCAAUCCAGGUCAGAUGUACAAGUGCAAUUGGAAAGAUGUUAUUCUAAUUCCAGCGCGCAGUGCUCCCAAGCAUCAAACGCCAAACUACCCAAGCGGUACAAAGGUGCUGGCAAGGUACCCUGAGACAACUACCUUCUAUCCUGCUGUGGUAAUUGGACACAAAAGAGAUGGUACGUGUAAGCUUCGGUUCGACGGCGAGGAAGAGGUGGAUAAGGAAACUGAGGUCGCGCGACGCCUGGUUUUGCCUUUCCCUGCAAGGAGAUGA